CUCCGCACUUAAACAAUUAACCACUUACGCAUUUCUCUUACAAUGGGCGCCUUGAACAACCACCAGUACGCAGAGGAGGACGGUGAGAUAAUCGAGCCCUCUCGACCAAGCGGCCGUCGCUUGGCACACAGUGCGCUUCUAGCACGUACAGUCGCUGCUGAGAAGGAGACGCCCAGCCCACUGACUCGUACCAGCAAGCGCCAGCGCAGUCCUGAAAAGGUUUACGUGCCAGGCGAUAAACCCAGAUCGAGCACCCUGGAUAGCAAGGCAGCAAAGGUUGACGACAAAAGAGCAACGGUAAAUACAGGAGCCGCCAAUGAGGCGACUGCUGACGAAGAAGACAUUGAUAUUGAUGCUCUGUUGCGAGACAACGAUGACGAAGAUGAGAGGUUUCUUGAAGAGAGGCGCAAGCGUCGUCGCGAAAUUUUGCUAAAAUUUGAAAACUCUGACGCUCAUGACCCUGAUAGCCAUAUUAGAGGCUCUAGGCCAGAUGCUAGUGUAGCUGAGGAUUCAGGAUUUUUGCUGGAGAAGACGAAUGCAAAAGCAGCACCCAAUAGCGAAGGACUAUCCGCGGCAGACUACAGCCCAGACCGUGACUCGAAUGAGGACGAUGUGCGCCACAGAAUAGCAGCGAAGCAGACUGCCGCGGCCGCAAGGCGGGAUAUUCCUGCUAAGGACGACAGCGACGACGAUUUCGACAUGUUUGCUGAUGACGAUGCGGUCGAUACCAGCAGCAAUGUGCCCAAAUCAGGCGCUAUCUCAGCAGCGGUGACUACGGCGAUGGCCGACAACUGGGAUGACGCCGAUGGGUACUACCAGAUUAUUAUUGGCGAAAAGCUGGACGGCAGGUACCUGGUGCAGUCAUUCCUUGGACAGGGCGUGUUUAGCUCAGUUGUAAAGGCGCUCGAUAUUGAGAACGACAACAAGCCGGUGGCAAUCAAGCUCAUCCGCAGCAACGAGAUUAUGCAACAGGCUGGUAUCAAGGAGCAGCAGAUUCUUGAGCGGCUCCAUGAGACGGACAAGACCGGUAGGAGCCAUGUGGUCCGGCUUCUGGGGAGCUUUAUGCACCGCAACCACCUAUGUCUGUGCUUUGAGCUACUGGGCAUGAAUCUGCGCGAGGUGGUGCGCAAGUUUGGACGCGACUCUGGACUGAGUCUGCAGGCAGUGCGCGUAUACGGUAUGCAGCUGAUGCUGGCACUAGAUCACCUGCGCAAGAACCGUGUGCUGCACGGCGAUCUCAAGCCCGAUAACUGUUUUGUGUCCGAGCAGCGCAGUGUGGCUAAGCUGGGUGACCUGGGGUCGGCGUGCGAUGUCGAGGAGAACGAAAUCACGCCGUACCUGGUCAGCCGGUUCUACCGAGCACCCGAGAUCAUCCUUGGCAUGCCCUACGACUACGCCAUUGAUAUGUGGUCGCUGGGCGUGACGCUGUUUGAGCUAUACACAGGCAAGAUCAUGUUUCCGGGACGCAACAACAACGAGAUGCUGAGGCUGAUGAUGGAAGCGCGCGGUCACUUCUCCAGCCGAGUGCUUAGGCGCGGGCAGCUGUGGCAACAGCACUUUGAGGACAACGGCGGCAGCAUGAUGGACUUUGUUAGCCGUUCGACGGACAAGGUCUCGAACCGAACCACGACGCAGCGCAUGGCAUUCACAAAGCCCACUAAGGAUAUCAAGUCGAGGGUUUUGUCGGCGACGCCGUCGGAUUCAGCGGCCGAAGAGAUCCAGACAGCGCUGCGGUUUGCGCAGCUGCUGGAUCGGUGCCUCGAGCUCAGCCCAGAAAAGCGGAUCACGCCCGACGAAGCACUGCAGCAUCCGUUCUUUGCAACGCCGAAGAUAAAAUAAGGUACAUUCGUGGUGUCCCACGCACGAGAUGCUGUAAAAUGUUUGGGUGCUAUAAAAUGUUUGGGUGCUAUAUAAAUUUGG